AUGAACUUGAGGGAGAUCGUGCGGGAUGGGAUCGGGAGCAUCUCCAGGAGGGGAUUCUCCCAUCAGCGGAGGAAGGAGAGAGAGGGGGCCAGGUCGGCCUCGUCCUCGGCCUCAUUUGUUGAUCUGGGGGUGGAGGCGGGGGAGCAGGGGAGCUGGUCGGGGCUGCCGCCGGAGCUGCUGAGGGAGGUGGUUGUUCGGCUGGAGGAAAGCGAGGCGACGUGGCCAUCGCGGCGGAACCUGGUGGCCUUCGGCUCAGUUUGCCGCUCCUGGAGGCGUAUAUGCAGGGAGAUCGUCGGCUUGCCGGAGGUCAGCGGUAAACUGACCUUCCCUGUUUCGCUCAAGCAGGUGAGUUCGGAGGACGAUUCUUGUGAUCGAGAUCUCAGGUCAUAUCUGCUAAUGCACCUUUUUUAAGAGCUCGAAUUUAUUCUAUCUGCUGGUACUCGAGCGACAACAUCCUCCCCUCCUCCUUUUUAGCCUAGAGUCAUUGCUCUCGUCCCCCCAAUAUCGGUAUGGCAGCGGUUUAACAUUGAAUAUAACCUGGAAUCUUCAAUCCCAGCCAAUGUCCUUUUGCUGUGGGUGUCGAAGUUAUGGUUAAUACAAGCUAGAUUAAGGGUUUAUUUGUCAAGAAGUAUUUGUUACAGCCAUUCAUGUCGCUAGAUUUAAAUUUUUUUCAAAGAGCUGGUCCGACUUUUCAAACAAAGCGUCUCAGUAGCCAUUUUUCUCUAAGCGGAUUUAUAUUGAGAGAAGUGAUCUCAGUGUUCUUGUCGCCUUAAUGCUAGUGGCUUGGAAUAGGAUGUGAGCUUCUAGUCUCUGUAGCUAUUUCUGUGGAGACGCUGCCGUAGUCAUCAAACAUUCAAAUCUUGGUCAGGCCCAUUCCUCUCUUGGGCUGUUCUUUCAUUUAGGGUCUUUGAACUAUAUUUAAAAUUGAAGUAGACCUUAUCAUCCGUCUAUUUGACUCUCCUUUAGAUGGCGAUAAUUCUUUGCGCACAAUGUGUUUUGCAUCCAGACACUCAAAACAUUCAAGCCUUUUCAAUUGAUGAUUUCAUGGGGUUUAUUCCAGGGAAAAUUUCUCCAUUAGUAUAAUUGAUUCAUGCGUCUUCUUGAGAGCCCUCCCUAUGGCUCCUUGGGUAGAUAGGUAAAAUUUAAACCCCACUUAGAAGACUUGUCUUCUAAGUGGGGUUUAAUUUAUGAUCUUCUCUAAUUUAUUACUCUGGCUGUGUAUUUGGAAGACUUGUCUUCUCUUUCACCGUACUGAUGAUUUUUUAUUCCUCUCUUGAGCUGAUUUUUCUAGACUUCCCAUUUCCUGUCGCAUGUCCCAUUUCUCUUGACUUCCUAUUUGUUCAAGCUGGGGGGAGUUGCAGUCUACCCAUUUAAAUGUUGUGACUGAUAUUACUCUCAAAAUUAUGUUUACUUUGAAGCCUGGAUUUCGCAAUGCAACAAUCCAAUGCUACAUAAAGAGGAACAAAUCAACAUCAACUUACCAGCUUUUCUUGGGACUUCAACCAGGUGAAUACUUACACAUUCCCUUAAUUAUAAAGAAAGGCAUCACAGGUUCUCAUGAAUAUUGUCUUCUUCCAUCUUUAACGCGACAUCUGUCUAAAUGGGGUGACAUGCUUCCUUCUUCAUUAGUUAUUACUAUAAUAAAUGAUAACUAUAAUCUUGUUCUCCCCAUUAAUUUGUUUUUUUUUCUGUGGAUGGAAUGCACCUUACACAGAGAAGAAUCAUAUGCGGAUCUGUGACUUGUUUCUGCGUGCAUGAAGAAUUAAACAUCCAAUAUUCCUAAAUUUGAUAUCCAAUCUGGCUUGAUUUAUCUCCGAUGUGGUCCGUUCGAUUGCCCACUCAGACUAUUGCAAACUCAUAUCUGGCCUGUUUGAGCCUCAAGGUUCAUCUUGCAAAGCAUAAACUGUAGUAAAGGUUCCUUAAGAGCUACACUAGCCCCCACAAGCCCUCCCUUCAUCUGUAAAAUUCCUGUGUAUUUUUAAGAAACAAGAGGAGGAUGUGAGGUUGGCAUGAUUUCUGCUUUCAGCUGUCACCUCUUCCAGUGGGUUCCCCAAUCUGAUGCACGUUUAUUUUUGCCUAUGAAAUUUGCUCAUCUCCAUGGAUCAAAUCUCUACAUCUUAGAGCGUGAAUGCUCCAUGGAAACUUUCUAGAUCAAAACAAGAUGUCAGAUCAGGAGAGUGUGGUGGUACUUUCUUUCAGCGAAUAUUUUGAGAUUAUUUUCCUGCAACGUCAUCUAAAUUUUAAUGAAUAAUUCAUAUAAAAGCCAUUUAUCUUAUAAUUUGACUGGACACUAGUGUUUCAGAACAAGAUGAGGACGAUAUUUAUUCAUGAUUUCACCUGAUAUCCGAAGUUUUUCUGACUGUCUCUCAUAGUAAACAUCACUGCUAAUUUGACGCACAAUCAUCGAGUUGAAAUAAAGUGGAAUGGCAGUCUAAUCUCUAGUGAAAUUGAAUGAGAAAUUUUUGUCUGUUGUCAUAGAACAGUCAUGGUCUAGUGGCUUCUUUCUCUCUCCCUCGCUCUCCUUUCUUCUCCCUACAGAUCUAAUGUUCCCCACCGCGUUAAGUUGGUUGCCCAUUUGAUGAUGAGUGCCCUCUUCUAUUCAUUGUCUGUAGAGAGUGGAAAGUUCCUCCUCACUGCUCGGAAGAUCCGGCGCCCAACCCAUGCAGAAUACAUCAUAUCGAUGGCCACUCAUGACAUCUCCCGCAGCAGUGUGAGCUAUGUUGGGAAGUUGAGGUAAUCAUUGAGGCCUCAACAGGCUUAUCUUUUGGACAGCUCUUAUGACCAAGCUUAUUCUCUGGGUGUUUGCGUCCCUCCAGAUCCAACUUUCUGGGGACUAAAUUCGCCAUCUACGACAGCCAGCCCCCCCAUGGCGGCGCCGUAACCUCCUCUGGCCGCUCCAGCCGCCGGUUCCACAGCCGGAAGGUCUCCCCAAAGGUGCCAUCCGGGAGCUUUGGCAUUGCCCACAUCUCCUACGAACUGAACAUGCUCGGCACGCGAGGCCCCCGCCGUAUGCGUUGCACAAUGCACUCGAUACCUGCCGCCGCCCUGGACCCCAUCACCACAAGCACCACUUCCGCCGCCACAACUGCCGGCGCGGCCUCCUCACUGGAAGACUCCUUCUCCCGCCUGUCACUGCCCCGCCCAGCUGACAGCAAGUUAGGGGCCUCCUGGAGGUUUGGCGACAGUGCGAGAUUCAUGGAGAGCUCACGGUUCUCGGAGGUGUCGGUCGAUGUUGUGGGGAAGGAGGGGCCUCUGGUGCUGCGCAACAAGGCCCCGCGUUGGCACGAGCAGCUGCAGUGCUGGUGCCUCAACUUCCGCGGGCGGGUGACUGUCGCCUCGGUGAAGAACUUUCAGUUGAUCUCUGCCGCCACUGAGCCAGCCGGCGGUGGGGAGGCGGGCGACCACGACAAGAUCAUACUGCAGUUUGGGAAGAUUGGGAAGGACCUGUUCACAAUGGACUACCGGUACCCGCUUUCAGCAUUUCAAGCAUUUGGGAUAUGCCUGAGCAGCUUCGACACAAAGCUGGCCUGUGAGUGA